CACUGUCACCCACUAGCACAAAUAUUUGUUUGGUUGGAAAUCGAAACGGUGGAGAACAUUUUAUUGCAACGAAUUGAUUUUAUUUUAUUUGUAUACAAAGUAAAUAUGGCCACAUACGACAAUAAAAUUUGGCUUCUUAAAAAUAUAAGAGAAGCCUUCAUUGCAACAGACGACACAGGUCUAUGUGAGAUAGUGAUGGCUGGUGAAGACUUUUCAAAAUUGUUCCAAAAUAAAGCUCUAGAAGAUAAAAAAAGAAUAAGAGAAGGCCAAUUAAGUCAACCAAGUACAAGUAGAGUCAAAGAAGGAAUGGGUGAUAUAUCCGAAGACGACGACGAAAAAGAAAUAGUUACUCAGUUUGACCCAUAUCCUGAUAUGGAAGAUAGUGAAGAAGAAUAUGGUAGCAGCUAUCUGCGUUAUGAAGAAUUUGGUGGACACAGGCAAAGGUCUAACACAGCCCAAUGGCUUGAUAAAAAGGAACAAGCUCUAAAGAAGGCAGCUAAAAUAAAAGUAAUUAAAUGGGAUGAUUCUUCUACUCAACUUAGUACUGAACAGAUAGCUGAAAUAUUCACAAGAUCAGAAGUUAAAAAGCCAGAAAAUAAGAAGUCGUUGCUAGCAGAGCAAAUGGAAAAAUGCCCUGAUCUCCCCCACCGGCAGUACCUGGAGUAUGCUAAAUUUGAUGGUACAGCUCAAAUGGGACUUCCUGUAAAAUCAUUCAAAAUUUUCAUGACGAUGUUACCAGAAAAGCAUCAAAACUAUCCUCUAGUUGUCUGCGUUAUUGCCAAUGCCAAGAUCAAAGAUUUAAUAGGUUUUACAUGCUACAAAUACAGCAUUGAACAUCCCGAAAUCAGUCUUGGAUCUGUGCAUAACUAUGGUCUAUGUAUAGCUGAGGAUGAUGGUGAAGUAGAUUGGGCAUUUCCUUGCUUGGAUAUCAAUGAACCGUGUUCAAAAUUUGGCUUUACUUGUCUUGGACUUGUUGAAUUGAAAAACAAGCAUGUGUUCGCUCAUGCUCCUUUGUCUAUACCUGAGGAAAGCAUGCUAGAGGUGUUCCCAAAAGCUGGUGAAUCAGGUCAAAGUCAUCAAAAUCCAUCAAGGCAACAUACAGGUGGAAGUGCGACAUCAGAAGCUGUUAGGAAGGCCAUAAAUGCAGUGAACCAAGAAAGAAAAGUAGCUGAAUCUGAACUAGACAAAAUUCAAUCUCAUUUAAAUGCAACUGACGCACCGCAAUACAAAACAUACAGAGUGCACUUAUUACGUAAAGUGAGGACUAACACUCUAGUUCAGUUGGGAAUAUCACUUGAGAGGAUUGAAGUGGAGCCCCUCGUUGCACAUAAGCAUCAAUUUUGGGUAAACUUCUAUUUAUUUUUAGUAAUAAAUACACAGAAUAAUAAAAAAAUCCAAGUACCUUUGUAAAGAUGCUGAAAUAAUAGUUAUGGGGAUUAUAGUAAGAGAAUUAUUUGUAAGGCAAGUGCUUAGUGCCCCUAAGUCACAGUGAAUAACGCUGUCAUCAUGGGAGUACUUACUAUUUUUUUUUGUAAUAUUAAACUCGCCUUAUACAAAAAUAUCAUCUAAGUAGUAUUAGGUCUUUACCUACGAAAUAGCCAUUUUGUGAUGAAAUAAGUUAACAUCCUUUUUAUCAAUACUUUUUAUUUUAAUUUAUCAAAGAUUACCCAUGCAAUCAAUGCAUUUUUGGCAACAUAGUGGUAACUGAUUGAUGCCCUUUUUGAAUAAGUCUGCUGGACGGCAGGCCACAAAUUCUUCAAACACGUUUUGAACUGCACCUUGGUUUUUCAGUGCUAAAAAGUAGAAGUCUGUAGAAGGUGUGUUGAGUAUGGUGUACGAAACGGUGUCCAAAAAUAAUUCCAUAUUUUAAAAACAAAAAUUCAAAUUAUUAUUGUUUUUAUAUGGAAUUCUUAGCGAAAAAAAAUUUACUUGAAAUAGCCAGUACGUACGGCAGAAGGCAAUUUCAUAGUCAAGAUCAAAAUAUUUUAGGCUCAAUAUAGACUCGGUGGCCUGGUGUCAAAUACUGGAAGCUAGAGCAAACAAAACGACAUUCCGACUAGUCUACUCACCAUCAAAUAGUAAUUACUACUGUGACCCGAACAAUUCAGGUGGAACCAGUUUCUUCCCUCCAAGCACAGUAUAUAAAAUCUAUGAUUUUGAAUGUGAACAUGAAAUGGCUAGGGAGAUUGUCGACAAAAUUAACACAAUACUCGAUCUAAGGAACAGCCCAUGCCGUCGUGAAUACAAAACCUCAAAAGAGAAAAAAACACAAACAAGAAGGAGUUUCCAAACCAGACAUUUAAGUUGAGUGAUAUUAGAAAACAACAAUGUUUCGCAAUGUAUUAAAAUUCUCAAAGUUCCUGUUUCAUAAACAUUCUAAUUUGUGAAUAGUCUAAUAGUCAAUAAGCCAUAAGUACCUUCUGAACCUUAAUACAGCCAGCUCUGAAAUUGCAAUCGAGAUUGAUUUGAUGCCAUUUCAAGUGAUGUUCACCACAUUAUUUUAGUGCCUCCAUCGUGUUUAUGGUAAGUGAUGAUUAAUUUGACCAUAAUGUAGUAGGUAGUAGAAAAGUAAUGUGGCGUUUGGCAUCACCUUUCUUUAUUAUUAGUUCCACAUAAUGUGUUCCUCACCUAGCGAAAUGCUCCGUGAUUAAACAAUUCCACUGCUAAAAGUGUUCAAAGAGACUGUAUUAAUAAUGUAUAUAUAUUCUAAUUAAUUGUUUUAGUUGCUACACAAUGCUGAUUAAAAAAGGUUUUUAUCAUUCUUAAAACUAGUUAAAUAAUAAUUAUUGAAUUGAAUCUCUUGACAUUUUAUAUACAUUUUUGUACACAGACUAAUAUUGUAUAACUGAAAUCAGACUGUUCAAAGUAGACUUGGUGGUGAAGCGACUAUUUGUACGAUUUUGUAAAAUCAACCUUGUAAUCAUUUAAAUAAAGGUUAAAUUCAUGUUUAAGAUUGAACAUUUUAUUGUGUAAAAAUAAAGUGCUGAAAUCCAUUUAUUAUGUAGUUAGUUUAAUUUAGUCGCUUAGCCGCCAUACCACAGUUGAUUGGCUCUCACAUAUUCUUAUACUUUAAUAGUGAAACUGAAUUUAUAUAACUUCUCUAAACAGUCCACACGGUAAAAUGUAACAAGCAUUUGAUAUUUUCAAAUAGUAUAAAAACUUUAGAUAACCCAUCCAUUUAAAAGUUUAAGCAAUACAAUUGCAGCUAAAAUUUAAUUACUUAGUUCAUGUGCCGUUAUCUAAUGUUUAUUAUAACUUAUUAUUAACAGUUAGUACUACUUGAGGGAGACAAGUUAUUCAGUAUUUUAAUAAAAACAAAAUGUUCAUUUUUUUCCUAUAACAAAAUUAUUAUUAUUUUAUAAGUGUAUUCAACCAAUUUUAGAGUUUUUAUUUCAUAUACGUCGCAUACUAUAAAGAAGACCUCACGACCCCAAGAAUCACUAUUCUGAAAAACAACAGCUUAUCAGAUCGCGCCCACCAAAACUUACAAUAUUAUUGUUCUAUUUUUUUAACUUUAACUUGUUUGAUGAAAGGCUUAUAAUCGAUAGUGAAAAUGUGAAAACCGAUGCUUAUAUAUAAAUAUUGCGUAAUAAAACCUAAUAAAGUGAGCCUUAAACUAAUAUUGUAUUUUAUGCCUUUUGUUUAAUAGAACAUGUGAGUUGAUGUCUUUCGUCUUGCACUCCGGCUCCUAGGGGGCGUUCACAUAGCGUGCCGUUUUACAGGUCCGUUAUUUGAUGACGUAUGUAGUUGUAUGAGAGUUUACACACAAUACAGUAUUCCGGAUACACACCCGACAAAAUAUGCAGCGGCUGGUUUUACGGGUCCGUUUAAACGUAUACAUUAUUAUUAUGAGCUACUUCUCACACAUGGUAGUAUAGUAAAAAAUCCCACACGCAACGGAAAUACUGAUGCGUUUUAUCGGAUCGAAACCGCGUGAAGCUUGGCACGGGGCGGCGGUGUGCGUUGUGCGUUGUGCUGCACACUCAAGCGCCAGUGUAAAUAUUACAACCACUAGCAUCGGAUCCGUAAAUCGGUCUUGUAAAUGCUGUGUCAAUAUUAUAAAGGCCCAAGCACCAGUUUCUGACAGACAACAGCACAAAGAUCCUGUAAAAACGGACGUUCUAUCUGUACGCGCCCUUAGAUUAAUCCAAGCUUGUUGCGUUGUUUGGGGCUUACACCUGUGCUAGCCGCGACUGGUACAACAGAUAUCCAAUGGUUCCUUUUCCGUCGUUAUAUUCAGAUAUUAUUUUUUGGAAUUAAAUACCACUUGGCAGUGUGUGGCUACACAAUCAUAAUGUCGAGCGAGCCGAUUGAAGGUUUUGAGCGGCUAGGCAAUAAAGUACUCUAGUAUUAGAUUUUACUUACUACGAAGUAUCGAAUCACAAUUUGUAACAGAGUCGCGGCUUGGUUUCAUGUUAAAGCAUCGCAACCUAUACCUACUCCUAAGCCUACUUGAACUAAUUUCGGAUGAUUUCACAACUUACAAAUCUGAUGAGAUAUUUUGUUACAUUUAUUUAGAUUUUAGAGCACUAUCGGGGGUUGAAUUUGCUGCACCAUAGAGACCUUAUGAUACCUUUUAAAAACAUUUUGGAAGUAUAUUCUGCAGAUAAUUCAUCAUUUUCAAAUAAUGAUGUUUUAAUUUUCUACCACCCAAUAAUACCUAUUAAUUUCUCUCUCUAGUCUAUACAAUUUCAUCCAAUUUCAAAAAUGUUCUCAUUAAUUUGGUUCAUAUCUUGAGACUCUUUUUAAAUUAAAUUAAAAAGAAACAAACACAUUAUUUAAUUAUGUAAAUACAAUAAGAAUUCUGAUUUUUC